CCAAAUUUGAGUGCUUUUGUGUAUACACUUUUUCUAGCUUUUGACAAAUUCGCUUUCAAUUAAUUUAUAUUUCUAAAGCUACUUAGUUUUUUGUAAUUUUUUGAGGAAUUAUUAUUUGUUAUUUACGUAUACAGUUACUAAACAAAAUAAUCAAGAGGCGUUUUCUACAGAUAGAAGAGAAAAUAAAGGUAUUUUUAAAGAAAUUUAGUGGAAAUAAGAACGUGAUUUUAAAUAAGUAAACUUGACGCCAUUUUUCUGAGCUAAUGAUAUUUCUAACUCACACAAACUUGAAUAGAGGUUCCCACGAGAGUCAGUUCUACGUUAACGGAUUUAUAUGCGGCCAAGGAAUGUCACUCCAGCAGCAAUAUGUAGGGGGAAUGUUUAUGCUCUUACAAAAAAAAAAUAAAUCAUAUUUUCGUUGGUAGAGAUUUGUAAAAAGUAUAAUGACAACAAUAACCAUGUUUUAGGUAACAAAUUAGAAAUUAUCUAAUGUCGAUAAAAUUUUAUUAAAUAGGUAAAAUGUCAUUGAUUUCAUAUAAAUAUACCUUCGCUUUAACUAAAAAGUUUGUGGUGGUAGCGUAUGAUAUUCCGAAAUCGGGUACUCUAUGCAUGUGAUGAUGAAUCAGCGAGUUCGAUAUUUUGGAAACAGUUUGUUUUUAAACUAUAUACGAGACUGGUACAAUAAGUACCCGUGCUAGAAGUGAAGACACCAUUUUUUUCAAAAUAAUUUUUUUAUUUUUCAAUAUAGUCUUCUCUUCUUCUUAAUUGACGCGAUAACGCUUACGCGAUUUUGACCGAGCUUAACAAAGCAUUUCUUUGUGGUACUAACCGGCGCCAGUUGGACAUACCAAGUGAAGCCAAGUCCUUCUCCACCUGGGGCCGAAUCGUAACAGUCGUGAACGAGCAAGUCGUCACGUAAAAGAACGCAAAUCGGAUUAUAACUAUCGUGAACGUGUUAUCGCUAUCGUAAUUCGGUAUGAUGACAAACGUCAUCGAGUAAUCGAACAACUUGUUCGUUCGAAUUGUCAUUCGAUCGGUUAUUUAUAAACGUCAAUGCGCAGAAUUUCAAAGUAUUAACGAAAAAUGUAAGAAUAACUAAAAUAUAUGUAAAUUGUGUAACUUUAAAUGAAGUUUUAUAAUUUCAGGACAAACUGUAAUAAAUUAAUCAACAAGCAGAAGGAUAUAUUGGCACAUUUCAUGAGUGAGCACACACAUUUGCCCAAAAAUUCCUUGCCGAAUUGUGCACAAGGAAGGUCGACUGCCAACCGACUUUGGGAAGAGCUCAGCAAGCAGUUAAAUGCGGAAGGACCGCCAAUAAAAAAUGCGAAGUUAUGGAAAAAAGUAUACGCAGAUCAGAAGUACAAUGCGAAAAGAAAGUUGUCCUUCAACAAAAUUUCAAAAAGGCAAACAGGCGGAGGACCUUACCAGCAGAGGGCUUUAACUCCAGCUGAGGAGGUAAUAGUUGAAGCUGCUGGUCUUGAAGCAUCUGUUUCAGGAAACAGCAUGAUGCAAACAUAUGGUAGUUCACAACCUGCACCAGUCGCAGUUGCUUCAAGACCAGCAUCAAGUGCUUCGGCCUCAAGCAGGAGCAGUGGACGUAAUUCGAACCAUUCAACUAGUAGUGUUCCAAGUCGUUCCUCCUCCAACAGCCCUGCUUCCUGUACGCCUUCUCGUCCAGUCGCUCCAACUCCACGAAGAAGAACAAUAAAUAAAGCUUCGCUGCUGGAAGAAAACAUAAAACUGACAGCAGAUCACCAUAAAGCUAUGGGGCAAAAAAUCGAUAGGCUGCUUCAAAUUAAGGAGAGGCAACUAGAGAUUGACGAGAGGCAGCUUGAAAUAAGUGAACGACAGCUAGCUGUCUCUAGGAGGAUUUUGGCGAUGAAGGAGGAGAAGCACCGAGCUAUAAUAGCUGUAAAAGAACUUAAUUUGAAAAUAAAGAGUAUUGAAUUAAACCAAUUGAAGGUCAAUGAAAAAGAAAAAAAAUAGUGUCCCUCCUUCUGAAUUAAAAUCCUCUUUGUAAAUAUGUAUAUAUUCCAAACUUUUAUUCAAGUUUUAUGUAAAUAUGUAUAUAUGUGAUCGAAGUUUUGUUUAAGUUUUUG